CCUUACGAACUCCUCGACUUCCUCCUCCCACGAUUCACACCACAAAAGUCCCGACACGCGCCCAACAUGUCGCAAAUGAUCAACUCCUCGAGCCUGGCCUCUCUCCCUUCUCCUCUCUUCCAAGCACCCGCAACAGAAGUCUUUACAGAGACCCAAUUGGAGACACUGUUUUCCAUCUUGGAGGUCACAGUGCCUUCGAUAGUAGCUGGAUCCAACGUAUCGAAGGAGCAGCUAGAAAGCGCCGUCUCUCGAAUCAAGCCGUACCUCCCCGAGGGCGCCUCCGACAAGCUUGCUCGAGCGUACCUGUCCGAGGAUAUCGUCGCUUCCCCGGCUUUUCGAGAGACAGUGAUCCGCAAGUUCAAGUUGUACAUCCCGCCGACCGACGCCCAAGGCCUGGCCUUCAUCUUCUCAGCUCUCAACACCACCAUCGGCUCAUACCUCCUCACGGGAUACUCAUCCCCCAUUCAGACACAAGAUCUGGCCACUCGAACACGCAUCGUCAAUGGCUGGUCCACCGCUCGACUGCCCUUGCUCCGUGCCAUCUACCGCUCCAUGGAUGGCCUCGCGAGAAUGGCCUGGUCUACCACGUCACCCACUCUCCCGCAGGUAAUCGACUUUCCCUCCGUCCCCAGACACAUUGAACGCAACGACAGUUAUGAUUUCAAAUUCCACGACUUCACAUCCCCGGCCACGCCGACUCACCUCUCGACAGAUGUCGUCAUCGUCGGCUCCGGCUGCGGCGCAGGCGUAGUUGCCUCGCACCUUUCUCGGGCAGGCUUGAAAUGUCUCAUUCUCGAAAAGGGUUACCAUUUCCCCUCGUCUCACUUCCCCAUGAGCGCCCCCGAAGCAGGAGAACAUUUGAUGGAAAAUGGUGGCAUGAUAGCAGCCGACGACAAUAACAUCGUGGUUCUCGCCGGCAGCACUCUCGGAGGAGGUGGCACGGUAAACUGGUCCGCGAGCCUGCAACCCCAGUACGCCGUGCGCAAAGAAUGGUCCGACGGUGGCCUCCCGCACUUCCUCUCGUCCGAAUUCCAAGACUGUCUCGAUACCGUGUGUGGUCGCAUGGGCGUGUCGAGCACGACUGACCCCGCUACCCUCGCCAACAUAGAGCACAACGUCGCAAACAAGACCCUUCUCGAAGGCGCCCGCCGUCUCGGCAUGGCCGUCGAGAUUGUCCCGCAAAACACUGCCGCCAAAAAGCACAAUUGCGGAUACUGCUCGUACGGGUGCCCCAGUACGACCAAGCAAGGCCCCGCGAACUGCUGGCUUCCUGACGCGGGCGUGCACGGAGCCGAGUUCAUCGAAGGUGCCUUUGCCGAAGAGAUCAUAUUCUCACAGAAAGGCAAUAGAAAGGUGGCGACGGGCGUCAAGGUGCUCUGGACGUCCCGCGACCGUCAGACGAAGCGGACCCUGCACGUCUCCGCGGAGCGUGUCGUUCUCGCCGCGGGGACUCUGAACUCCCCCCUCGUCCUCCUGAGGUCUGGACUCAAGAAUCCAAACAUCGGCGCGAACCUCCACCUGCACCCGACAGGCCAAGUGUGGUCGGUGUGGCCGGAAAGGACGAACCCUUGGGAGGGCAGCAUCCUCACGGUCGCCGUCACGGAGCACCAGAACCAGGACGGUGCGAACCACGGGCCCAAGCUCGAAACCAUCUUCAGCACCCCGGCGUUUGGACUCUUGGUUCUCCCGUCCCGCGUCCCGGCCGGUGGGGCCUCCGACGACGUUUUCGACCCGGCACUCGAGUUCAGGGUCAACGCGGCCAAGUACGGCUUCUCCACGGGCUUCAUCUCCAUCACGAGGGACGCGGACCCGGGGCGCGUGUACAUCGACCCCAAGGACCCGGAGCGGAAGAGGGCCAGGAUCACGUACGUGCCCAGCGCGCGGGACAGGGGCCAUGUCCUCGAGGGUCAGAUCGCCGCCGCGAGGGUGUGUUUCGUCAUGGGCGCGGUGGAGAUCGACACGGGGCACGCCCGGGUGCCGAGAUGGGUGAGGCCGUCGUCGUCGUCACGGCCAGGGAAGAAAGAGGACGAGGACGAGAGGUCGUUUACGGAGUGGCUCGGCGUCGUCCGCACGACCGGCCUCACCGUGCCGGACCCGUACAUGCUCGGGUCCGCCCACCAGAUGGGCACGUGCCGCAUGAGUCCGUCGCCCCAGACCGGCGUGGUGGACGCGCACGGCAAGGUCUGGGGCGUGGACGGUGGCUUGUACGUCGCCGACGCCAGCGUGUUCCCCUCGGCGAGCGGCGUGAACCCCAUGAUCACCAACAUGGGCAUCGCGGAGUACAUCUCGAGGGGGAUCGUGAGGGAAACGGGCAAGACGACGGCGACGACGACCGGACGGGGGUCGAAAUUGUGA